AUUUCAUAUUGUAUUCAUUAAAUAAAAAAUUCUUAUCAACUUUUUCCUUGUUGAUCAUGGCUGACUCAAAUUUUGUUGAUAGGGAGAAGCAAAAGCAAGCAGAUAAUGAUAUCAAGGACAUGAUCUCUUCUCUGACAAAACGCCUAGCCGGCCUCCAACGCGUGCACAAGGCAGCAGGAGACUCAGGCCAGAAUCUUCAAGCUGGUGAUGAUGAAGAUGAUCAUGGCACCAGAAUCAUCACUCUAGCUGGAACCAAUGUGGGAGCCAGCAUGCGCGGUGAGAUGGAUGAGAAAGCUGGCCUCGACGGUGUUUCACCAGGGGAACAUGAGCCCUUAAAAACAUAUGUGAACAGCAAUUUCCAGUCCAUCAACAAUUCCAUCAUGAUGGGUGGUAGUUAUUGUACUAAUGACCCUGGUGUUCAUUUGGACAUCUCUGAUUAUGUGGAUGAACAAGUUCCAACACCACAAGGACAUAAAAACAAGAAAGGCAAGAAAAGUAAGCAUCACAAUGAACAGUCAGAAUAGGCUUAUGCCAUAAUCAAGAAAUGUUCAAUGAUCAAGAAGCUGCUAUAAAAUUUCAAACUAAUACUCUCUCCAUAUGAAUAAACACCAUAGCUUAGUUGAGUUCUGUGUGUUUCCUUCUUUUUUUCAAGGUCUCGUCUCUUGGCAUGGAAUUCCUGACAAGAACAGUCGCGAUUACAGCCAUUCGACUAGAGACCCAGUAUUGAUGCUUAUCCUUAUAUAUCAGAAAGGCAAUUGAACAUUUGUAUUAUUUUUAAUGAUCAUAACAUCUUAUUAGAUCUUUCUGCUAUUUCUA